AUGAUGCAUCCUCAAGUCUUCAUUUCAGGCCUCAUACUACUUCUCCCAGGUGCUGUGGAUUCUUCUGUAUCAGUGAAGGGGGUGGUGGGUCACCCUGUCACACUGCCAUGUACUUACUCAACAUCCCGAGGAAUCACUACCACUUGUUGGGGCCGAGGGGCAUGUCCACCUUUUAAUUGUGGAAACACACUUAUCUGGACCAAUGGAUACCGUGUCACCUAUCAGAGUAGCAGUAGAUACCAGUUAAAGGGGCGUAUUUCGGGAGGAAAUGUGUCCUUGACAAUAGAGAAUGCUGUUCAGAGUGACAGUGGUCUAUAUUGCUGUCGAGUAGAGAUCCCUGGAUGGUUCAAUGAUCAGACAGUGACCUUUUCAUUGGAAGUUAAACCAGAAAUUCCCACAAGUCCUCCAACAAGACCUACAACUACACGGAGACCCACAACGACAAGACCUACGACUAUUUCAGCAAGACCCACCCAUGUACCAACAUUACCCAGAAUCUCCACCUCUACUUCUACAACACCAACAUACACACAGACUCACACACCAGAACCCACUACAUUUUAUCCACAUCAGACAACAGCUGAGGUGACAGAAACCCCAUCCUAUACUCUUGCAGAUUGGAAUUACACUGUGACAUCCUCAGACGACUUUUGUGAUAAUUACACUGAAUCAAUCCCUUCACAGAAGCAGAAGAACACGACUAAUGGCUUCUAUGUGGGCAUCUCCAUGGCUGCCCUGCUGCUGCUGCUGCUUGUGUGCACCCUGGCUGUCACCAGGUACAUCCUUAUGAAGAAGAAGUCGGGAUCUCUAAGCUUGGUAGCAUUCCGUGUCUCUAAGAUGGGAGCUUUUCAAAACACAGCGAAUGUGAAGUCCAGAGCUGAAGACAAUGUCUACAUUAUUGAAGACAGUCUUUACCAUACAGAUUGA